AUGGGGAAUCGGGAGUGGUUUGGCGCCAUAGCCAAUGGAAGCUAUGGGGAAAUAGAGCAGUUAACUCCGCACAUGGCCGGAACACGGAACCAUCUCGGAGAAACAGCCUUGAUGAUAGCGGUCCGUCUUGGAGACGAUCAUGCUGUUAAGAUUUUGGAGCCAUUUGAAAGCACCCUGAUAAAUGCCCAGAAUGAAACAGCGCUAAUGAUUGCCGUGCGCUAUUAUAACAUUGCGGCGGCGCGGCUUCUAGUCAGUGCCGAGUACUGUAUUAGCAAGCCGGAUGGAACCACUGCUUUGCACCUGGCAACUCAAUUGGGACACAUAAAGUUCGUUGAACUCUUGGAGCCGUAUCUGCGACACACCGCAGACAAGAGUGGAGCUCUGGCCCUUCCAGAGACACGCCCGUUGCACCCUUCUUUUCGGGAUCUCGGGGGCUUUGAUCUACUCAGGCUAAAGGAUGAUGAUCUGAUUGUGUCAUCCACUAUCUUCAAGCAGCGAGGCUCAAACAUACACAUCACAGAUUCCUUCAACCGCCACUUAAACUCACUAACACCGUCAAAGCAGUCCCAUCCAAUCAGCAAAAAGAGUGCUUCAUUGCCUAUAGAGUCCGAAACAGCGUCAACUGAGCAGUCCUUGCAUCAGCCAACCCCAGUGACUAAGCAAUUAACAAAGUCUAUACCACGUCCUUCGCCGCACGUUCACAUAGAAAUGGCAGUAAUAGAGGAUACAAUGACUACUGCUUGUGACAUCAGUACGGUCCAGUCAGAGUCAUUGAAAGAACCUGAUCUAGACCUCGUGGCGUGCACUGGUGUUGACGACGAUGUAACGCUAUUAAAUAAGACAUCAUCUGCAAAGAAAACAUACAUUCAUGCACAGCUGCAGGCAUCACAGGUGCUCAGUGCAUUGGAGACACCCUAUAUGGUUCCUUCUUUUGUUGUGCUGCCCACCCAAUUCUACCACGGCUCUUCAUUGAGUACCCAAGCAGCACAGGGAAUAUUUCCACUAUUGAUUAUUAAUCUCUUUGCUAAGGAGAGUACAGUCAACACCUUUGAAAGCAUCGAAGAGGUGCAAGCCCGGACGCUUCUAGCACUGGAGUGCCUUGUUUGUGCGUUAGACACUGCGUAUGUUACGGAUCUUCCAAGCAUUUUUAUUUGCGCUACUCCCAACUUGGUCAGCGUUGUAGUUCCUUGUAGAGGCGCCCCGCAGCUUGAAAAAAGUAUAUCACAUCUUUCUACAAAGGGAGUCUUCGCGACUGCUUUAUUGCCUCCAUUGAAAGAGAGAUAUAUGUGCCUUGCGAAGUCCUUUUCUCCGAAGCAUCUGCCGCAUGCAGGCCAUCUGUGCGAUACUCGAUACAUCUGUGUCCAUAAGAUAACUAGGGAGAAGCUCUGCAGGCUGUGCCGGCCAAGCAUGACUGCAUGUAAAGUUUAUCUGUUGGCUGAUUCAGCAACUAGCAGCGGAACACAUGAUAGUGGCGUGUGUGCAGCAUCUGAGGACGCUCUGUCGGGACAUUUCUCCAGCUUUCUGGUUCAAGUAUCCGGGGCGACUAGGGCUGAAUCGCUACUAGUUUGGCUCGCCUUCAGUGGGUACGAUGCUUCCUUGCUCUCGUUCUACGAAUUCACAGAGAUAGAUCUUUCAAGCGAGAUCUUCAUCGAAACUUGA